CAGACGUGCACGCGUCACUCUGUCUCCGUAGGCUCCACAGAGUGCUACUCAGGAAGUCAGCAUGGCGAGUACACUGGAGCCAGACCGCGCCAUGCGCCCCUUCUUGCUUAAUUAUCCUGGCUCCACCGACAACCCGAAACUGCGCGAGAACUAUAGAUUCUACAGUGGAGAGCAACAGCUACGACCUCCUGGCACUUUCCGCUCCACGAUCUCGCGGUCUAAGUUGGAACGAACCACAUUCAUAGAUGACAUACACCAGGAACCAUGGCGCAUCAAGGAGAACGGGAAGCCUGAAAGCAAGUACGCAAUUUUGGAGGGUGCUCACGACUAUAUUCAAUGGCUAUUCCCGAUUCGAGAGCAAAGUAGUGCGAACUACGGCUCUCAACCUCUACAGGGUCACGAAAUAUCGAGCCUCAAAAAAGACGAGCGAUUCCUCGACAGGUUAUGCAAUUCAUAUCGCCUUAUGCUUGACUUCUACGGCAUGGAACUUACAUCUGUAGAAACCGGCUUGAUUAGCCGUUCCGAGAAUUACGUUGAGCGGUACAAGAAUCUAGAAAGAAACAGUUGGCACAAUAAUUUGCGCAUCACACGCAUCCUCAAGUGCCUCUCUGAGUUUGGAUUGGAGCAUCUAAACACGGGUUUCAUUCUUCACGUUCUGAAUGAGCAGAGUGAACAACCAAGGCCAGACACGAGGCAACGAAACGAACGAUCAAAUUCGUUCUUCAUUGCGGAUACCAGAGAAAGUCCAAACUGGUUCGAUACUUCCCUCAUCAAACGUAGCAUGGAUGGUUUCUGGGCUCAUUGCAUUCGCGGUGAUGCUGAAAGGGCACGAGUUGCUGAUUUAAUCACGAAAGUAAGAACUAGCAACGAAAACGGCUUCAAAUUCACGAGAAAGCUCUACGAAGGAGUUUUGAGCCGAAAUGAGACAGCUGGAGAGACGUCAAGCACUUGAAUGGCUCUACAGAACAAACACCUGUAUUAUAAAGUAUUGCCC